AUGAUGUCUAAAUUCAAUCCCAACAGUCAUCGGUUAAUGAUGAAUCCUGCCUUUUUUCAAUCCUCGAAUCAACAACCACCAAUUUCAUCAUCAACGGCACUACGAGAUAUUCCAGUUGAAAUUGUGGAGAGUAAACGACCAUCUACAGCUUCCGCGGUAAUGAAAGCUUCAUCGUAUCAACCUCAAUCAACAAGUCUGCGGAAUCAUCAAACUAGAAAUUUUGUAUCUCAACAACAGCAACAUCAAAAUGUUCGUAGUAGGAUGAUGGUACCAGCAGCUCAAAAUGCUGUGGAUGAAGACGAAGAAAAUGCCACGGAGGAAGAAGUGCCCUCAUCAUUGUAUGAAAUGACACGAUACCUGAAUAAGAAACAUUCAAAUGUUGAUGAGUCGGUCAAUGAAGAGGAAAAUUUUGUAGUACAAAAUACGAAAUUAUUUAAGCCUGUCAUUAAACAAAGAAUGAACGAUUUUGAUGAAACUCCUAUUCAUGUAAAAUAUAAUAAUUACCUCCAGGAACAAGAAGACGUGGAUCAACAACACUCGUAUCAAGACGACGAUACACCAACCUCCAUUCAUGAAUCUCCAAUUAAGGCAAGGCCUCCACCUCGAUCGGGAGCCAAACAUCGGAGAACUCUUUCAUCAAGAAUUUUACCAAACAAUAAUUUUAAUCAAAGACGAGACAAUGAUUCAUCUUCAGAUUCUGCAUCACCUCCUCAUUUGCCAUCACAAUCAAGACAGUAUCGAUCGCCGAUUGCUGAAGAAGAAACAGAGGAGCAAGAGGCAUCUCCAAUUGUGUACGAUAAAAAACCACAGCGAAAACAAGCCCGGUACCCUAAGAAAUUACUUGAAAAAGCAACUUCAGAAAUUGUUGAAGAUGAAGAAGUUCAGCAAGAUGACAGCAGUGAAAACUUUGUUUUUUCAAAGAAACAACACGAUUCUGAAAAUGAAGAGAAUGAUUACCAAUCGCAAAAACAAACCCUGAGUAGAAACAGAUCAGCUCCUUCAUCGUCAUCUCUCAAAGAAAUGAAACGAUUGCAAGAGGAAAAUGUACGUCUACAAGGCGAGAUCAAUGAGCUUAAACGAGACAAAAAUGAAAUGAUCAAGAUUCACAAUGACAAAAUUCAUGGUCUUACUGAUAGACACAAUUUGGAUUUACAAUCUCAGCAACAACGAAUGGAAAAAAUCAUGGACGAAAAAGAUUCUAAAAUUGAAGAACUUCAACGAGAAAAUGAAAGACUCAAGUCUGAGAUUGGGCUGGUAGAUAAAAGCAAGGAUGGUCAAGACACAAACAAAUUACUUCAGGAGCUUGAGCAAAAGAGAAAAUCCGUUCAACAAUUUGAACAUGAAAAAUUAAUGCUUCACGACGAAAUUGAGCGGUUAAAACAUCUUCUUUCUGAAGCAACAAGACAAUCAAAAGAAAUGGAAACCAAACUCAGAAAUAAGGAAGACAAUUUAAAUGGUCUCAGUAAUAAGGUUGAAACACAAGAACGAGAAAUUAAAUCCUUGAAAGAAAAGGAAAUGAAAGUGAUCGAGGAACGGGAAAAAGCAUUCGCCAUGUUCACAGAAAGCGACCGAAAUAAUCAACAAUUACAAGAAAAAUUACGCAAUUUGGAGCAUCAAUCAAAACAAAUCCUUCGUGAAAAUGAAAGCAUCACACAACGACAUAAUACCUUAGAUACAAUUCGUAUUCAGCUCGAAAAGACAAAUGACCAACUUAGAGCUCGUGUGCAAACUUUAGAGGAAGAAAUAUCUCGAAUCUCACACAAUCAAAACAUGUACAAUCAGGAGAGAGAACAAUCCAUUUUCAAUCAACAACAACAACUUCAACAAGAAUUAGACAUGUCAAGACGAGAAAUUGCAAAUUUGCGAGAAACAAUAACCAUCCUUAAAAACGAAAAGGCUCUUCUUGCAUCACAACAGCAACAACCGUAUGCAAGCUACAACAAUUUCAGUAAUGCAUCUUCUCAACCAAUGAAUCCCAUUCCUCCUUCACGUCCUCAUCUCUCCCUAGACACAUUCAAUACACAGCCCUCAUCCUAUGACAAUUCAAACUACACACCCAGCAAUGGGGCUUACAAUAGCUCAAACCUAGCGCCUCCUUCUUCGUAUAACAGGAAAAACACCAACAUUUCAUAUGCAACAACCUCUAACUUUACCUCUAACAAUUUUAACUCCCAUGUCAACACUGUUCCUUCCUACCCAACCUCGAAAGACUAUUUGCAGCAGGGCGUUCCUGAUACCUCGUCACAAGCUCAAACUCCUGCUAACAGCACUCAAAAAGGAUAUUCAUCGAAUACUACAAAAACGACAUCGAACUAUACAACAGGAGCCUCAAACCACAAACCAUCUGAGGUAACACCAUCUUCAAAAUCGUCACAAGACACUCCUUUUACCCUUUCCAUGCUUAACAGCAAGCACGAAAGCCCAAAAGAGCGACAAGCUAACCGAAACAAGAUUAUGGGAACUUCAUACACCUUGAAACCGUUUGCUGUGGAUGAUGCUCCUAAAAAUCAGGUUGCUGCAGAAAUCGAUGACAAGCUCAUGCAACUGGCAUUGGAAAAAACAAAGCUCGAAGGUGACAUGCAAAAAUUGCUUUCAAUGGGCAUUAAAAGUAUUGCUUCUAAAAAGCAGAAAAUGAGCUUGGAGUCGAGAUUAGAGGAGAUUGAAAAAGAAACGUCACAAUUGAAAAUGAGAUUAAGAAGUGGUAAAUUCUAG